UUCAUUUCUUGGUAACUUCGAAUUAAAGCCUUGCUGUAAUGUGGCUCCUGACAAUCCUAAAUUUCACGUUAUGUUUUGCGGCCAGCUAUCAACAAUUCCCUCGUCUGUGUGCCACCCGCGAAGCCUUGCUCACCAAGGAGUGCUGCCCGUCUUGGGAAGGAGACGGCUCGCCCUGCGGAGCCAGCUCCGGCCGGGGCUUCUGCCAUGAUGUGGAGGUCCCGGACCAGCCGGAUGGGCCGCAGUACCCCUUCUCCGGGUUGGACGACAGGGAGAAGUGGCCCUUGGUUUUCUACAACCGGACGUGCCAGUGUGCAGGGAACUUCAUGGGCUUCAACUGCGCGGACUGUUUGUUUGGCUACUUUGGAGUGAACUGCAAUGAGAGGAGAGAGUCUCUGAGGAGGAACAUAUUUCACCUUUCCAGAGCCGAGAGAAUCAGAUUUGUGUCCUAUCUGAACUUGGCCAAGCAGACAAUAAGCAGGGACUAUGUUGUUGUGACCGGGACCUACCAGGAGAUGGAAAACGGCUCCAACCCGAUGUUCGGUGAUGUGUCUGUGUACGAUGUGUUUGUGUGGAUGCAUUACUAUGUGUCCCGGAACGCGCUGCUUGGCGGGCCGGGGAAUGUGUGGACCAAUGUGGACUUUGCCCACUGGGCGCCUGCGUUUCUCCCGUGGCACCGCGCAUACCUGCUGCACUGGGAGCAUGAGAUCAGGAAGCUGACCGGAGACACGAGCUUCACCAUCCCGUACUGGGACUGGAGGGAUGCCCAGGAAUGUGACGUGUGCACGGACGAGCUGAUGGGGGACCGGAGUCCCCAGGACCCCACCUUACUCAGCCCAGGCUCCGUCUUCUCUUCUUGGAGGGUGCUGUGCUCCCAAGCUGAGGAGUACAAUGACAGAGGUGUGUUAUGUGAUGCCACGGAGGAAGGCCCAUUGCGUCGUAACCCUGGAAACCAAAACCGUAGCGUGGUCGAACGAUUACCAACUUCAGCAGAGGUGGAGUUCACUGUCAGUCUGACCAGCUAUGACACGGGAGCCAUGGACCGCAGUGCCAACAUGAGCUUCAGGAACACUCUGGAAGGAUUUGGGGAUCCUCAGUCUGGGUUAGGAAACUUUUCUCGUAGGGGUAUGCAUGCUGCACUCCAUGCCUACAUGAACGGAUCCAUGUCCUCAGUACAGGGCUCAGCAAAUGACCCCAUAUUCCUUCUCCACCAUGCUUUUGUUGACAGCAUUUAUGAGCAGUGGCUCAGGAGGCAUAGACCAUCUCCAUCAGAGUAUCCAGAGUCUAAUGCUCCUAUAGGGCACAAUGGCGAAUACCACAUGGUGCCCUUCCUGCCCCUCCACAGAAACAGAGAAUACUUCAUUUCCAGCAAGGUCCUUGGAUAUGAGUAUUCAUAUCUGCUGAAUGCUAACCAGAGGCUUACAGAAACCAUACGUCCUUACCUCGAGGAAUUACAGGAUGUCUGGCCCUGGCUGCUGCUUGCAGGGCUCUGUGGAGGAAUUGUAGUAAUGUUCAUAGCUGCUGCUGUACUGCCUGCAAAACGACGGCUACAUAGGGGGAAGUGGAAAAUGUUAUUUGCUCUCUCAGAAAGACAGCCACUUAUCAGGAGCAGUGACAUAGAGGAAAACAAACAACGUAACUACCAAACACCGAUGUGAAGGCAUGACCUGAAAAGCAGUGUUGUUAUGUAUUUGUCGUAAAGCACCGGACAGAUGAUAACAUUUCUUGUUCCUUCACUGUGCCUGCAUUUCAAAACUUCACCACAUACUUGUCUUUUUCUCUUUUCAAGUAGUAAUUCAGCAGUGACAUAGUGCCACCUAUUGGUCUGGAAUAGGAUUGGCUUUUUAGAACACAACAACAACAACCCCCCUUUCAAAGUGUUACUUCUACACAAAACAAAGUGGGAUUUGUAUUCUCACAGUGACAGAUUAUAUGUCCCUCUUGUGUUCUCAAGUGACAGUCUUUCAUCCAAGAAUGUUUUUUAUUUUGCUGGCGUCUUUUCAUACACUGUCACUUGUUGCAGGCUCGUAAGCCUCUGUUCUUCUGCUGGGUAUGUGAAGGUCUCUGGCAGCACAGACAGGUGUGAAGCAUCCGAGGUCUUUCCAUCUGUCAGAGUAUAGCUGUGAGGUCCUUUCUGCUGUGUCACUUUAAGAGGCUCUCUGGACUUUCCUUUGUUGAUAUGCACAGGGUUUUCUCGUGUGCACAAGGCUUCUUGGGUGCAGUUUAGGAGUCUUGGCAUGUCUGUUGACAUCAGUGUAUGUUUUCAUUUGUAACUGCUUCUUUGCAACUCUGUCUCUCAGUUUAUUAUCCUGAGCAGCUGUGAGCUUUGGCUGGAGAGUUUAGUUCUAAUCCUUCUUCCAUGCAUGAGCUGGAAGGGUGACAUCUCUAUGGUUGCAUCUGGUGUAGCUCUGUAGGCUUAAAGGAACUCAGUGACAUUUUCUCUUCUGGUGCUAAAUCCUUCAGAAAAAGCACAGCCAGUUCAAGGAUAACAACCUCUCUCACCUCAUGUUUUUGACUGGAGCAGCAUACUUUUUUAAUGUGCCAAGUCGUUCCACAUGAUUUGCAUAUUUUGUUUGUGGCAGAGCAUUUGCCAGAUGCUUAUCUCAGUCAUUUCUGUAACAUUUGUGUGUAUGUUCAAUAAUCUAAUCUAACUGAU